AGUAGUAGUAACUAACAAUAAGAUGGCCAACCCAAGUAAAUAUUAAAUAAUUAAAUAUAAUUAACAGUUAAAUAAUGUAUUUGUUAAUGUUUCGUAUUUCCCCAUGUAUUUUUUCGUUUGUUUAUAAAAAAGGUGUUUGUAAACUCGAAACGAGUGCCCCCCCUAUUGUUUCCACAAGUGGUAUCUUCCAGGAAGUAACUUUGUCGGUUUACUGUUGAUGCCAUUAUUCAGCAAAAUAAGCUCAUUGUGUGACGACUUUCUUUCAUAAAAUAAAACGCACACCACUUGGGAUGCCAGCUUUAAAGUAAAACAAUAGAUUCUCGUUUCGAAAGACGUAAAGAAAUAAGGGUCCUUGCGCCGCGUGCUGCGCUAUGAUGUCAGACUGGUUCAGUCUGUGCACGGCGGGGUUUCUACUCUGUCUUUUUACUUUCAGUUAUGUUGUCUACUCGGGGUUUUUCACGAAAGUAACAUUGCGGACGGGUCCCCCUCCAAUUAAACGGAUAACGUUUGCCUACAAAUUCACCACCGCAACUUAUUGGAAAUGUGGGCCACUUUACUGGGAGGCAUCCAAACUCGGACCAAAGCUGCAGUUAAUUGGAGUGUUUUACAAUGAUCCCAGCAAGGUGCCUGGAAAGUUUCGUUGCUUUGCUGUGGGCAGCAUCCUGAGUGAGGAGGACAGUCAAAUUGACAUGGAGCUCCUGAGGAAAUACGAGGCAGCGGACUUUAAAAUCUUCUCCUUUCCGGGAGCCGUGCACGCGGUCACGACCUCUUUCCACUACAGGACAUAUCUUUCUUUGCUCCUCAAAAUGAAAGUCUACCCAUUGCUGGUAAAAUAUAUCAAGGAGCGGAGACUAUGGGCUCACCCAUUCAUGGAAAUUUACAAAGACGGUCAGAUCCAGUUCAUGGCACCGCUGGACCGGCAGGAGGACUUUUAUGUGCCCGAGUUCCGGCAGGUGGAAAGGCGGCUGCCAGAACGAGAAGAAUCCUACAGCAGCACGGAUGUCUCAGGUGCAGAAUCCAACAGCGAGGACAGCUCCGAGAGCGGGGUUCUCCUGUCAGACAGCAGAGAGACGUCACUGGCGGCGUCUUCCGUCCGAGUUCAAGCGCGCGUAGACUCCAGAGGAAGGAGCGACAGGGAGAGCUCAGAUACAGAGCCGGACAGGGAAGAAGAGGAAAAUGAACAUCAGCGUGGAGACUCUAAACACUUGGAGGUUCCCACGCAUCAGUGGACAAGAGCUGCAGGGGGGGAAGAAUAAAAGUGUUAUCCAAAAGGAUCAAAUGUGAUCAGAUUGCAAAAUUGCAGAAACUUUUGAUUAUUUAGGAAAAGUGACUUCUGAUUAGUUUAGAUUUUAUUACAAUCUCAUGCAAAGUAAAGAACCAAUGACUUUAAUUACUUAGUUUUUUAUGAACCCAGUUCUACUUUAAAUGUUGAUCCACAGACACAGUUAUGAUUGUAAGAUGAGUUUCUUUAAAAUCUUAUUUUUUUAUGUUUUUAGAAACACAGAGAUUUACAAAAAAAAAUUCUGGACUUUUAAAAAUGAAAUGUGUGUUUUAUUAAGUAUUUUGUCUUUUUUUAAGACAAACAAAAUAUAAAUAAAUUCCUCUUUUACUAUUUUACUUCAUUUUUCCAAGUUUAAUGUGUUUGUGUUCCAUUAUGUUGACUGAAAACUUGAAAUGUGAAACGGUCCUCAGGUUGCCUGACGUCAUUCAUACUUUUGAUAUGGGAAGGCUGUUUGUCAAAGCGUUUUUACUUGAAAAUACUUGCUGUUUUGUGUUGAAUUGAACGUCCUUGAAAACAUUAUAGAGAUUUUAUUUGAUUGUCUGAAGCAUUUCACAGCAAAGUUAUGAAAUAUAAAUUUACCAAAAACCUUU